CCACACCUCCACUGAUCUCCACCUCCUUGCCAUGAUGCGACCGACUCUAUUGACCCUCUCACUGCUCCUGAGCACCGCUCAGUCUGCACUCGGCGUCGCCAACGCUCCCCCGAGCACCCAACAAAUCCUCGAGUCCACCAACCAAGCCCCCUACAGCCACGAUGACGCCAUCUUCGUCCUCGACGAAGACAGCGUGCACGCCGCCCUCCACGCGCAUCCCAACGACCCAGUGGCUGCCUUUCUAUCGCUGAGCCCGGGUAGCGCCGAUUUUCUCGCCCAACCCCGGUUGCUACACGUCCGCGGAGAAUCCCGCCCGCAAUGGAUGACCGAAGGCGACAAGCUGCUGCUGCGUCAACAGGGGAAGAAGUUCAUGGACAUUACGGACCAUGAAGAUUACUAUGCUGCGCAGAUGCAUGCUCUAGCCGGAUCCGCGAAUCUGCCCGACUUGACGCACCAACGCUAUGUGCGACCGCUCUUUGAUCAGGUCGAAAAGGCGCACAUGGAGUAUGUUCUUCGCCACAUGACCGGCUACUACAACCGGUACUACGGCGGAAUUCAUGGCGAGAUGAGCUCUCAGUGGCUUUACCAGCACAUUGCUAAGAUCAUCGACGAAUCUCCCUUCCGCACCCAUAUCUCGCUCGAAUACUUCACACACACCUUCCCCCAGUCGUCGAUCAUUGCGCGCUUCGAGCCCAAGGUCCGCAACUUUUCGCUCCCCCUGACGAUCCUCGGCGCCCAUCAAGAUUCGGCCAACUACUUGUUCCCGCUUCUCCCGGCGCCUGGCGCCGACGACGACUGCUCGGGUACGGUCAGCAUCCUCGAGGCGUUCCGCGUCCUCGCCACGAGCGGCUACACCCCCAAGAACGGACCGGUGGAGUUCCACUGGUACGCGGCUGAGGAGGGUGGACUUUUGGGGAGUCAGGCUAUUGCGCGGUAUAAGAAGGAGUCGGGGGCGCGAAUUGGUGCUAUGCUGGAGUUUGAUAUGACGGCAUUCGUGGCCCGUAACUCGACCGAAGAGAUCGGAUUCAUUGUGACGGAAGCGGAUGCAGCGCUGACGAACUGGACCGUCAACCUCAGCCGGGAGUAUAUCUCCAUCCCGACCGAGGCUUAUGAGCUGGGAGCUGGCGCUGGCUCGGACUACAUGUCCUUCACGCAGCUCAACUACCCGUCGGCCUUUGCCUCGGAGGGUAAUCCUUUGGCCGGGGGCAAGAUGCCCGGUAACUCCGACCCUUAUAUUCACGGGGUGAACGACACGAUGGACAUUGAUGAUGAGACGGGGUAUUUCUCGAUUGAUCACAUGGCCCGUUUCACCGAGUUGGCCAUUGCCUUUGCAGUCGAACAAGGUGGCUGGGAUAAUAAAUGGCGGUGAAUGGCAGUCUGACUCUCCGCAUGUUCAACUAAACUGAAACGCAGUUUUACAGUAUACGUCCAAUCUAUGUACAUGUUUUGAGA